CUUCCUGGAGUUUGGGAAGAUGUAAGGAUCACUAUUAAUCGUCCUGGUGAGAUCCCAACACAGAGCGUAUGUGGUAAUACUAUUCCUCAAGAUGACCUUCUUGUUACAUCCUUGCCAUCAGGAAGCAGACAUGUUGUCUUGAGUAAUCCAGUGUGUCUUGAGACUGGGAAGACAUAUACUAUCCGAGUAGACUUCACACGAUACAGCUCUGAUAACCAGGACAGCAAUGCACAAAUUCUACUUGACUCAUUGGUUGUGAUGCCAAGGGCUACCAUCUAUCCCAUCUUCCAAGGACCAGAUCCAAUUGAGCAAUACCGUCGUGAGCAAUGGGAAUAUUAUCGUUGUGGAGAAGCUCACAUGGCUGCUCACCAUGCAACUCUAUCUGAUAUCUGUAAAGAGCUCAUGUUCAGCAUGUCUGCACUUGCCUUUGAUGGUGCACUUCCUUGCCAAUGUGAUCCAGCUGGCUCACUGAGCAACAUAUGUGAUGAGACUGGUGGACAAUGUCAGUGUAAACCCAAUGUGAUUGGCCGUACAUGCAAUCAGUGUGCUCCUGGAACAUAUGGCUUUGGGCCUGAAGGAUGUACUCCUUGUAACUGUGAUGGAACUGGUUCAUUGAAUGAGUUCUGUAAUCAGCUAACAGGUCAGUGCCCCUGCAGACCCAAUACAUAUGGACAGCAAUGUAAUGAAUGCCAACCAGGGUACUGGAACUUCCCUAACUGUCAACGUUGUAAUUGCAAUGGACACGCUGACCUUUGUGAUCCACGUACAGGAGAGUGUAUUGAUUGCCAAAGCAACACCGCUGGAUUUGAAUGUGAAAGAUGCAAGCGAGGUUACUAUGGGGAUCCCACAAGAGGCUCCGCAUUGCCAUGUCAGGCAUGUCUUUGUCCGGGAGGAGCUGGUAGCGGGAAUCAAUUUGCUGAGACUUGCCAACUAGACCAGGGAACUCAAACUGUUCAGUGUGAUUGUUUUGCUGGAUACACAGGUAUCCGCUGUGAUCAGUGUGAUAAUAACUACUUUGGAAACCCAACUGAACCCAGAGGUGUUUGUAACCUGUGUAACUGUAAUGGUAAUACUCUAUCUAGUACACCAGGCAACUGUGAUGCAAGGACUGGACGAUGUUUGAAAUGUCUUUAUAACACUGCUGGUUUCAACUGUGAAGAAUGUGCCCCAGGAUUCUAUGGGGAUGCAAUCCAACGAACAUGCAGAGAUUGCCAAUGUAACGUCCUUGGAACUGACCGUUCACAGUGUGACCUUGAUAAUAACUGUGGUGUUUGUGACCCUGUCUCUGGUCAAUGUCCAUGUCUACCUAAUGUACUUGGUCAACAGUGUGACCGCUGUGCUCAAGACCAUUGGAAGUUGGCCAGUGGUACCGGAUGUGAGGCAUGCAAUUGCUGUUCAUAUGGAGCUGUCUCAUCAAGAUGUGAUGAGUUCACUGGUCAGUGUGCCUGUAGGUCUGGCUUUGGUGGAAGGGAGUGCUGUGACUGUGAAGCUAACUUUUGGGGAGAUCCUAGGGAAGGAUGCUAUGAAUGUGACUGUGAUCCUCAAGGAUCUGCUACCAGCCAAUGUGAACGAGGUACAGGACAGUGUGUAUGUCUACCUGGUGUGACAGGAUAUAGAUGUGACCAGUGUGCCCGUGGUACUACUGGAGAAUUACCACGUUGUGAACCCUGUGGAGAGUGCUUUGAUGAGUGGGAUCGUAUCAUUCUUCUUCUUAGGAAUGAGACUUAUGAUUUGAUCGCACGUGCACAAAACAUCAAGGUAUCUGGAGUAUCUGGUGUCUAUGAUCGAGAGUUUAAUCGUCUUGAAGAUCUAGUAGAGUAUGCCGAAUCUUUGAUCCGAGGUGCUCCCUCUGUCACAGAAAAUGAUGUAGUUAACAUUCAGAGUGAACUGGAUGAUAUCAGAGAUACUCUUGAACGUUACCAUGAGGAAGUACUAGGGUUAGAAGAUAUGCAAAGGCGUACACGUGGCAACAUUGCUCGCGCUAACCGUGAACUUGACCUACUGGAAAGAGAAGCUGAUGAACUUAAAGCAGAUGCUGAGAAUUUACAGAGGGAAAGUUAUGAUUUUGGAACAGCAAAUGUAGAAGGUGCCAUGAACAGCAUCCUUAGAAGUCAAAACCUAUCGCGUGCUGCUGAGGAUCGUGUUGAUGGAACCCAACCUACUCUAGACCAAUCAGAAGCAGUUCGUCAAGAGGUAGAAAACUUGAUUGGUGAAAGGAAUGCUGCCCUUGAGCAAGAGAGACAAGGGUAUCUGGAUAGAUUGGAUGAUGUGGAUAAUCAAUUGACUGGAUUAGAAGGACUUCUGACAGGACUCAAUGAAAAGAUCUGUGGGUCACCUGGAGAUUCUUGUGAUAAUUGUGGAGGAGCUAGCUGUGGUCAAUGUGGAGGACUGGGAUGUGGAGGAUCUGUACAGAAAGCAGAAGAAGCACACAGACGAGCAAGAGAAGCAGACCAGAAACUUGAUCAGAAAGAAGAGGAGGCUAAUAGCAUGCUGGAUGAGAUGAUGCAAGCUAAAAACAAGACUGGUGAGGCACAGGAGUUAGCCCAACAAGCAUAUGAUCUAGCACUCUUAGCUAAACAAGAAGCAGAAGAAGGACAAAUCAACAUCAAAGAUCUCAUCAAAAAUAUCACAGACUUCCUAGGACGAGUUAAAUCAGAGCCUGAAGAUGUUAGAAUGCUUGUCAAUGACACACUCAAUACCAAGAUUUCUCUUUCACCAGAAGAAAUUGAAGACCUUGCGGAACAGAUCGAAGAUAUUAUUGCAACCUUGGAGAAUAUUGAUGAGAUCAUCGCAGCUACUAGAGAUGACCUUGAACGUGUCAAUGACCUCAAAGAAAGAGCAGAUGCUGCCAGGGAGUUCGCUGAAGAAGUACUGGCUUCUGCUGAAGGUGUUAGACGUGCUUUAGAUCAAGCUAGGGAUGCACAGGAUGUAGCUGAUCAAGCAAUCAGGAAUGCUACCAAAGACAUCAAUGAUGCACAAGAUGCUCUUGUUCAGAUUGAAUCUGAAGCUGGCAAUGCUAGAGAUAAAUCUGAAGGUCUUCUUAAUGAUAUAGAAGAUAUGAAAGAGCAGCUAGAAGGUGUACAGCUCAAGGUCACAGAUAACAAGGAAAAGGUCAACCAAGCUGUUAACUUGGCACAAAUGGCUGAGAAUCAAGCCCAAGAUGCUGCAGGCAGAGUUGAUGCUAUUGAGCAAGACUUCAAUCAAACAUCCGAUGAGGUCAUGGCGAAGGUCGCUGAGGUCGAUGAAGCUAAAGGUCGCGCAGAUGAUCUUUUCUUAAAUGUCAUUGCAUUUGAAGAAAAGAUCACUGAAGACUAUGAAGAGCUUUUGGGUAUGCAACAGACCUUUAACAACAACAAUGCCACCCUACACGACCUAACAGCCGAAAUCAAUGCAUUGAAUAUGAAAAUGAUGCAGAUACUACAAGAUAUACAAGAAAAGGCAGCUUACUAUAGGAGCUGCACAGAGAGUCCUACACCCCCAUAAAAGAAAUCCAUAUUGUUAAAAUAAUGAUAAAAUUGCUCUUCUCAUAAAAAAAAAUUGUAGCACAUAGUCAUCAAACACCUCUUAAAUAGUUCAGUAGUUAUUGACUCAGUUCAGGACUCAUUCAUAUUACCUUUGUUGGUUAUAUAGUUGGAUUACAUCUGAUUAUAUUAGGUUGAGAUAAGAUGUGAUAAAUACAUAGUAUUCAUGUCAUUCAUUUUCCCAUUCUCCAAACUUUUGAAUGCAAUUUCAUAUGAACAUUGAAGAGUGAUAAAAUGGUUCAUUUAUGGAUCUAUUCCUUCCAACCAUUGAGAAAUAAUAGAGUCUGAUUUCCAAUUUAAAGCCUUCACUGGCGCACUCUAGAGGCAUUAUUCCUUAUUCUUACUUGAUAUCAACUAAAAGUUACACACCUACUCUAAAAUAAGACCAUUAUAGUGUGCUAUAUCAUUCAAUUUUCUGCAGAGUAAAGUUUUCUACCUUUGAUGUAGGAUAAGAGGCUACACUGAAUGUAUUUUGAUAAAAUGGUGUAUUUUUUACUUUACAUAUUUUAUGCUUAAAUAAAUGUAGAUUCAUAUCAGCAUCAGUGUUGGUUGUGUUUGUAUUUUUACACAUUUCUAUCAAAAGCAAGACUUCAUAGAUAUAGAGAUGAUUGAUUUAUAUGACUAGGUAUUUUCACUAUGGUGCUCAGUAAGUUAUUUGCAUUUUACUGUUUUUUUUGCAGAUUAAGAUAAUACCUUUUACUAUAUUCCCACAACUCACUGUACAUUUAUUGUUGAUAGUUCAGGAAAAAAAAGAAAAUUAUCUUUGGUGAAUUGGUUGUAUAUGAAAUGGUUUUCUAUUGGACAAAUUAUUGGUAAUGUAUAUCAAGAUGACAGAGGCUGGGUACAAGCCCCUACCACCAAAUUGUCAUCCUGAUAUUGUUCAAUCUCCAAUGUUGAUUUACUUCAGCAUGAUUAAAACUUGCAUGAAAAUUAAGUAAUGUCACUGCCAUAUUUAUUCCCUCUCACCCUAUCUAAUCAGUGAUACCUUAUUCUAACCUUGAUAGAUUCAUGAAAUGGAUAAUGUCUUAAGAUAACAAAUAAUCAUGGUUUAAAUUUUGAGUGUUUUUUUUAGUUUAAUGUACAAAACAGAAUGUUGGAGUAAAUGUGAACAUUUUUGAAGUUUGUAUACAUAAUAAUAACUAUUUAAUCAGUAGAUAUCAAUUCAUAGAUCUAAGUUUCUAAUUUCUGUACAGAAUUUGAAAAUACCAGUCAGUUUAAUGCAAAAUGACAUUAUCGAAUGUUGUUUGAAAAUAUUUGUGUAUGUAUUAUAUGGUAUAAUGCGAUUGGGUGCUUAUAAUAUGUAGUUUGUUUAUUUACUUGUUGGUAUCAUAUCUGUUAUCUAUUUAUGUUUGACUCUAGGAUUAGAUUUUCCAUGUUUGAGUACUUUCUUUUCUAAUUUAUCCAUUCUUUAUCUCAGUGCCUGAUCAUGCUGAAUACAUAUUUCCCAGCAAUUGGAGUAAAACAAUCAGAAUUAGAUAUGAUUGGAUUCCUAAUAAUUUACAAAGACACAAUGGAUAUCACACAGACUUUUAGAGAAUAAUAUUGUGUAUCAUCAGAGAGGCUUAGUCAGAUAUCGGUACUGCUAAGAUAAUUUCUCAUCUAAUCAUUUGAAUUUUAUCUCUUUAAUGUUCUCAUAAAAUAUCUUUUGGGGAAAGAUGAUCUCUUGCCCUCUCACUUUAAUGCAGUAUCAUGUUCAUUCUAUUCCUUGGUUAGAUAGAUAUAUGUGAAUCCAUAUUUUUUUUUGGAAAUCACUGGCUUCCAUGUGUUAUUACUAAUUAGAAUGGGCUUUCAUACUGGCUUGCAACAAGGAUAUUCAUAACUAUGCAACAGUUUUUAGUUUUCUAUCAAGAAAAUUAAAUUAAUUCAUGUAUCUGGCAAAUUUUUAAUAAACCCUUUUCAUGUAAAUAAA